AUGUAUCCGAGUACCACAACAAUCAAUACAAACGACAUCAAUUCUCGUCACUUUUCUUACACGAGCCCAGAGCAUUUUGCGCUGUAUUGUCACGCGAGUGCAAAGUACCGAGAUAGCUCAGCUCUAUCACUAUUUCAAGAAAAUGCCUGAGGCCCAGAAGCAUGUCGUCUUUGACGUGGUCGGUACCUGCGUGUCGUUCGACGCAUACUACGAACGAAUAGAGGCGGUCCUAGGUGCAAAACUUCGCAAGCACACGACGACAGCGCAGCACUUUGGGUUUACCUGGCAAACCGCGGCCGAGCUGGAGUUUACAUUUCUGUCCAUCCAGGGCAGCUACAAAGCUUACAAGGACGUCCUCCGUGGGCUGUUCUAUCGCACAUUGAGCUUGUGCGGUAUAGCGCACCCUCGGGAUAUGGCCACGGAAGAAGAGCGAGAGCAAUGCAUCGAGGGAUACUCGGCUCUGGAAAUCCGUGCUGGGUGCAAGGAAGCCUUUGAGAUCCUACGCAACAACGGCUUCACCGUCUGGUGCCUGACCACUGGCGACAUCAAGCGCGUUGCAGGCUACUUUGAGCGCGGUGGCGUAGAGAUGCCACGGGAUAACAUCGUGAGCUGUGAUGUGGCCGGCUCGGCGAAACCAGCUCUUCCUGUCUAUCAGGCUAUGUGGGAUCGACUAGGCGCGCAAGAGAUAAAGUGGUUUGCUGCGGCUCAUAUGUGGGAUGUUGCUGCUGCGACGAAAGUGGGCUUUCGGGGCGCAUGGAGUUCAGUGUACGAGAAAGAAGCUUGUCUCGAUGUGUUUAGCGAAACGAAAUUGGACGUCGUAGCUGGAAGUCUUGUGGAGAUGGCGCAGCAAAUUGUCGAGAAAUCGUAGCUUGAAGACAAUUCCGUUACAUGUCUUCCAAUAAUGCUCCCGAGGUCAUUUCAAUCUAGACUUAAA